GUGUGAUACUGUGGUGAAGGAGGGGACACUGCAGAGCCUGUAGCGCUAAUGUAAACAACUCUCCUGCGACAGACACACAGUGAAAUUACAUUUUCUCACCUGAAUUGGAGCACUAAAACAGGUACGCUGGAAUUUUCGGAGACCCACUCGGACAUGUCAUAUGUCUUCAUCAAUGAUUCGCCGCAGACUAGUGUACCGUUACUGCAGGCCUGCAUCGAUGGAGAUUUGGCAUUUGCAAAGCGCCUCUUGGAGACGGGCUGUGACCCCAACAUCCGGGAUAACCGAGGCCGAACUGGCCUCCACUUAGCAGCUGCUCGUGGCAAUGUGGAGAUCUGUCGCUUCUUACACAAGUUUGGAGCAGACUUGCUAGCCACUGAUUAUCAAGGCAACACUGCUCUGCACCUGUGUGGACAUGUGGACACUAUUCAGUUUCUUGUCUCUAAUGGGCUGAAGAUAGAUAUCUGUAAUCAUAAUGGUUCAACUCCUCUGGUGCUGGCCAAGCGACGAGGGGUGAAUAAAGAUGCUAUUCGACUUCUGGAAGGUCUGGAGGAACAGGAGGUGAAAGGCUUCAACAGAGGAGCUCAUUCCAAACUAGAGACCAUGCAGAUGGCUGAGAGUGAGAGCGCCAUGGAAAGUCACUCGCUUCUAAACCCCAACCUACAGAACAGUGAGGGCGUGCUGUCCAGCUUCCGCUCCACCUGGCAGGAGUUUGUGGAAGACCUGGGUUUCUGGAGGGUUCUUCUGCUUCUGGUGGUGAUCGCUCUACUCUCUCUCGGCAUCGCUUACUACGUGAGCGGCGUACUCCCCUUCUCUGCCAGCCAGCUGGAGCUGGUCCACUGAUUGUCACACUUGCUUUCAGCAAGUGAAGUUUAAUGUUUUUUUUUUCUUUUUGCAUUAGUUUUUAAGAUUCUUUGAUCUGUCUGACUGUACUUGUAUUAUCAAUACUACAAUACCAAAAGUCAAAGACAGAUGCUGCUGUUGUUCUUCAUGAAGCUUUUAUAUUGUUUUAGCUUAAAAGCAUUUAGCUGUUGGGAGCAUGGAGUUAAGUAUGUACAGAGCUGUGAGAUGUGAAGAGGGUUUGUUUUCAUUUUUCAUUUUAUUGUGUACAGUAUUUAAUACCCUGCAGAAUUAAUCUGUAACAAGUACAAAUUCAGUCUUGUUUUGUGCACAUUGAUUGGAGCAUGACCAAUGAAUUCAAAUACAUUCAAACACUACAGGGCAUUUUUACCUUCUGAAUGUUAAUAAACAUGCUUCUACUCAGAAGGGUCAGCCAAGCCUUGCAUGAAGGAGAAAAGGCUGUAUAAACUAAAUAUUUAAGUGCAAUGGUUUCAGUCUCCCAUGCACACAUGUAAGGUGAUGUUACAUUUCUACUUUCACUUUUACUAAUUACAGUGUGCUUCUACCUCCAAGUACCUUCUACCUUUGAUAAUGCUGAUUCAGCUACAGACCACCACCAUGUUUUGGUGGUGCAAAUAUUUUCUCUCUUGAGUUGGGCCUUUUUUUUUUUUAAACAUUUUAAGCACAAGUCUCUUUAAUUGCAGUAUGUGAAAAUAGUAACUACAGAAGGCAGUUUCCCACACCCAGUGUCACUCAUAGUAAGUGUGUAUGAUUGUGAAACACUGACAAUCCAUACAAGGCCAAGAAGCAUUACUAAUGGUAUUUAAGGGCACAUUGGUGGUGAAGUUUUUUUGUGUGUGUUUUGUGUAGCAAUCUAACAAUGUUAUUGUCAUUUUCAUCGUGUCUGCGUACGUGUUUUAGUGUAAAGCUUAUUUGCAUUACCCUCAUGUUUUGAAUAACGCUAAAUCACAUUUUUAUAGUAGUGUAUUUUUCAGCAGUGUAUAUUGGAACACACAUUGGAAAACUACAAAAGACAUGUCAUAUAAUGCUGUAAUAUUGUUUGAGACAGCUUUUUGACCAAGUUCUUUUGAUCCCACUGUUUACUUGAAGUAUUGUUAUUAUUAAUAUUAUUAUUAUUAACAUUAUUAUUAUUAAAUUUGUUGCUUAUUGAUUAAAUUGUAAUGUUUUAUAACAGUGUAUAAACUGCAUUUAUUGAUUUAAUGUUGGCCAUUUUUUUCCUCUCUUUUUCCAGCCCAGUGCAUUAAAUUACAGUAAUUAUUGGAAA